AUGACAACAUCGCGUUCGACAAUCUCUUCACAGAAUACUCAGUCCACAGAACCAUCAAGACCGGUGCUUGUUGAAUUGCAACACUGCUGCUAUGUGUGCUCUAAAAGAGUUAAAGAUGCCAUAAACUUACGUCGCCAUUUACUUAAUGUCCACCAACGGCAUUUACCAUCAAUACCUCAUGGCAAAAGACGCUUUGACACAGGCGAAUACGUUUUUGUGAAAUUCACGGGAUAUUCAUCGCAUGACGACGUGAAACACCGCUUUGCCUGUCCGUCUUGUCUUGAGCAUUUUGGUGAAAAGCGCGAGUACAUUCAGCAUGUUGAGGCAACCCAUUUG